AUGACUUAUGAUUAUUCUAAAGAACUAAUCGAUGAUUAUGAGAAAUUACUUGACAUUGACAAAGGACAUGACGUGAUUAUUUACGCCGGUGAAAAUGAAAAUGCAAAAGAAAUUCGUGCACACUCAAUUAUUUUAUGCAUUAGAUCACAAUAUUUUCGUGCUGCAUUCUCUAAUGAAUGGGCCGAUAAAAAAGAUGGAAAAUUUAUUCUUAAAAAGUCUAAUAUUUCUUCUCACAUAUUUGAAAUUAUUCUAAGGUUCAUUUACUGUGGAAAAGUAAAUUUGGCAAAAUUGGCAAAAUUACAAACUCGAGAAUUAUUGGAACUCUUGAUAGCAGUAGAUGAACUUAAUAUUCAAACAUUAAUUACUUGUAUUCAAGAAUAUUUGAUUGAUCAUCAUUAUAGGAUUUUACACCAUAAUCCUAUUGAAGCUCUUGAAACUGUUUAUCAACUUGAUACUUUCUCAGGUUUAUUGGAUUUUUUUCUUGAGGCAAUAUGCGAUAGACCAGAAAUAUUAUUCAAUACUGAUAAUUUAAUUAGGUUAAGAGCACCUUUAUUGGAAUCAUUGCUAAAACGGGAUGAUUUAUUAUUGGAUGAAAUAGUUAUAUGGGAUAAUUUGAUCAGUUGGAGUUUUUCUCAACAUCCAUCUAUUCAACGAGAUAUUGAUAAAUGGAAUAAAGAAGAAAUCGCAGUUAUGAAAAGUACUUUACAAAAUUUCAUUCCUCUAAUUAGAUUUUAUCAAAUAUCUUCUGAUGAUUUUCAUUUAAAAGUAUAUCCUUUUAAAGUAUUACUACCUGAAGAUUUAACUAAUAACAUACUUGCAUCUUAUACCGCAUCUACUAAUAAAGAACUUAAUAACGAUAUACAUCCUCCUAGAUCACCAAAAUAUGAUACAUUUAUAAUUAAAUCUCAACAUUUUGCUAUUUUUUCUAGUUGGAUCGAUAAGAAAAAUGACUCAUAUUAUAAUUUAAGGAAUAUUCCUUAUUAUUUCAAAUUAAUUUAUCGUGCCAGUAUAGAUGGUGCUUCAGCUGAAGUGUUCCAUAAAAAAUGUGACAAUAAAGGAGCUACUAUAGUUGUAGCAAAAGUUAAGAAUUCAAAUUAUAUUUUUGGGGGAUAUAGUCCACUUGAUUGGGAUUUAAGUAAUAGUUAUAAGAGUACGCUUGAUAGUUUUAUAUUCACAUUUACAAAUAAGAAUGACGUAAAAACAGCGGAAGUGGGUUAUAGUAAUGGUCAAAUUUCCAUAGGUUGUUAUCGAAGUUAUGGUCCAAUAUUUGGUUAUUAUUUAGUUUAUCUUGGCACUAAUUGGUGGGUUUAUUAUGGUUAUUCAGGAAAUUAUCCUAGCAUUAAAAUUCAAAUUCUAUCGUCCUCAGGAAAUAUUGAUAUAGAUGAUUAUGAAGUUUUUCAAGUUAUAAAGAAAUAA